UUCAAUGCUUUUGUGUCCGUCUGAAGGGCAAGGAAUAGUUCUGCGCAUGCGUGUUUCCACGGCAACAGUUUAGCAAACGAAACGUUCCUUGGCAACGAACGGCUCAUCUUUCGAUGUUUAUAGCAGGUACAAAAAAAUCCUUAAAUCUGGAGCAAAUCAAUGGAUUUGUGUACGAGGUAAUGUUUUGAUGCUGUAGCAACGUUUUACAUUAUUUCGGCGUUUACAUUACAGCAUGAGUUACACAGCUGAUUUGGAAAGUCAGUCAACAACCGAAUGAACUAACGCUCAGUAAUGUCGCUAGCUAAAUUAAAAUGUGUUUUCACCACUCCUUAAUGUAGAUUCUGUGAUAUUAAGCCCUGAAGUCGAUCGUCUCAGAAGUCAGAACAACAACGCCAUCACGAGCAGAACGGGCCUGAGGCGCUGGAACAGACAAAAGUCAAAUUCAACAUGAACAAUGACUAGUCCAAAGAAUAAUGUGCCCGCUUUACCGCUAAUGUGGGACUCCUUAGAGUCCGAUACUGAGAGUUUGGUGCAAGAGGAGUACCAGCGAGAGCUCCAGAUGCGAAUUGACCUCAUCUCUGCUGUUAAACCCAAACAACAUGAUAAGACUGACACCGAGGAACCAGAGAAUCUUGAUGUUUAUGAUAGUCUGGAUCUGAAACCAAGACAAGUGAAAGGACAACAUGACCCUCUGAGGGAAUCUCCCCCUGAGGAUCAAUACGCCGACUUGCGCUACGACCCAAACUGGAGGAAGAAUUUGGAAGGGGCUUAUUUUCUCAACCAGCUAAAUGCAAAACUUUCUCUCGACUCGUUUGAAGAGUCUGAAGACAGUCUUGAACCCUUGGAGAAUGUGCCUCUAGGUUGCAAGCAAGAAUAUGUCGUUGUCAGUAAUCCACCCACAGUUCAGACGGACAGUGCUUUAUCCCCACCACCUUCAUCUCCUUUCCACCUGCACCCACAACAGGAAUACAUUAUUGAUCCCCCCGAAUCAAAAAGUUCUUGCAUGUCCUCUGAAGGCACACCACAGGAUAAUGUAAAGCAUCUGAAUAUCAAAUCAGUUCCUCUCCAGAAGAGAAGCUCUCGACAUCCUUCUAAUCCAAGGCCAGUGAGAGCUAGGGAAGACAUUGUGGAACGUAAUAAAGCAACUCUUGGUAUCAACACACAUAAGCAGGGGUCUUACCUAAAAGCUUGUCAGCAGAAAGAUAAAACCGAUGAAACAAAGCAACCCAGGCAAACCUCCUACGAGACUAUCAGCACUCAUAGCCCGGAGAGUCAAGACAAUGUCUGGGAUCCCGAGCUGAUGUGGCUCCAAAAAACACAAAACCUGAAGCUGAGCCAUAAAGAAAAGAAGGAACCGAAGAGGAGGGAGCGAUCCAGCAACCACCCAGAUCAGCUCAAGCCUCCUGAAUCCAAACCCAGAGCGCACCUUAAACCCCUUACAGAGAGACAAGUCAUCAGUGCUGAUCACCUGCCACAGGACUCUGAGGAAGCUUACACCCAUGACCCACCACAACACCAGUCUGGACUUCCAUCUCACACUCAUGCUCCACCGACCGUCAACCUUAACAUAAACCUCCACACACCUGCCAACCACACACAGCCACUGAAUAUUUCCCAGAAAGAGACCGUUUUUACUCUUGUUUCUCAAGCUCUGCAAUGGGAUAGGACUAAUCUGUUUAACCCACCCAUUUUACAACAAGGUUAUCCAUUUUACCCUUAUGUGCCUCCUAAUUCAGUAGGGCAGAUGGGAUUGGCUCCAAAAGCAGUUGUAUCUUCACCAGCCCCCAAGUCUGAAGUGGUACAAGUUGUGGACAGAAGUGUUCCUCAGAGGCAUGGUGCGAAAUCUACUCCCAAUACGUUUGAGAAGGCAUCAUUCAAGAAUCACAACAGAUGCAGGAUACCAGUGCUAAAAUUGCCCACGUCUUCUCAAGUGGAGGCCAGCCACUAUCCACCUGAGCUUUUUCCCAUUGAUGAGAGCAUGGAACCCUGUGCACAUCCAACACAAAUCUCUGGUCCUUACACAGUGCUGCCCCCUAUAGCCCGAACUAAUGGCAACGACACUGAACUCUGCUCAGAUAGAUCAGAGCAGCAGUUGAAUCCAAUCCACAGAAGCAGCUCAGAAGGUUACCUUUCACAGAUGGAAAAACACAGACAGCUGAAGGCAAAUUCAAAUUAUAAGGCUUAUACACUGAAGGACUACAAAAACAUGAAACAGGAGGUGAAGCUUGGAGGUCUUGGACCAACAAACACAAUACCAGAAGCUGUGGCAGAAAAAAUUAGACGACAGAAGCUGUAUUCAAAUGUGAUCCACGAACAGAACAAGAAGAUAAGUAGGAUUCCCUCUCUGUCGGCCAAGGACCCAGUGGGCAAUGACAAUAAGGACACCGUUCCCAGGAGGAAGGCUUUAGAAUAUGCCAAAAAUAUUGCAAAGCCCAAACCCCCUCCAAAGCCAAAGGAUAGACCCAGAGAGCAGAACGUGAGCAUGCGGCCUCAAUAUCCGCAGGAAAUGGACCCAUUCAAUUUGGCCACUCUGGAGAUGUUGAGACGGCACGAGGAAGAGAAAUGUGCCGUGGCUCGCUUCAGAACCAUUCAUGCCAUUUAAUCUAGAGCCUUUAUUCACUAAAAAGCAACAUGUACAUGAGUUCUAUCAAUUGCACUUCUAUAGAAUCCCUAUUUUUCCUUGCUUUAACUUUGUGUGUUGAUUUUGUGUGUACUGUAUGUGUAAUACUAAUCUUGCUCAGUUGCAAAGCACUGGAAGUGGAACAGGUGUUUAGCACAUAAUCCACUGCAUACUCAUUUUAAAAACAAUUUUUCAAUAUAAAGAAAUCUCGAAUGAAAUGCUGUGAGGUUUUGUUUGCAUUAUCCUGCUAUUUUCCCCUUGUUUCA